AACUUAGUGCCCUCUAUAUAAAAUAUUUUUAUAGGGGGCUCUGUUAAAACCGCUAUAUAUAUAGGUCUCGGUAGAUGCACUCUAUGAAAGUAUAGACAGAAGUUGUGACGGUUAUAAAUUAUAAUUAAGUUGAGCAAAGUCCUUUUACAAGUUCUAGUAUGGCUUUUUCGCGUAGCAUAAUACCUUCAUUAUUAGGCCGAGAUUGGUGGGACACCUGGGAUUUUCCUACACGUAUUGCUGAUCAGCAUUUUGGGCUCGGACUUCAUGAUAGUGAUAUUUUUCCACCAACUUUGUAUCAUAGUUACUACAGACAGCCCCGGCGACAAGUAAGUUCUCAAGCAAGCAGUGGCCUUUCUCAGGUGAAAAACGAAGCUGAUAAAUUCCAGGUUUUGCUAGAUGUUAGUCAUUUUGCUCCCAACGAAAUAAAUGUGAAAACUGUUGAAAAUUUCGUUGUCAUUGAAGGUAAACAUCAAGAAAAACCAGAUGAGCACGGCUUUGUAUCUCGACAAUUUGUGCGACGUUACAUGUUGCCCAAAGAAGUUGAUCCAGAAACCGUACAAUCUUCCCUAAGUUCGGACGGAAUUUUAACGAUUGAGGCACCUAAGAAAGCCUUGGAGGGUGAGCAGCCAAAUGAACGAGUGGUACAGAUACAAAUGAGCGAUAAACCGGCAUUGAAAGAAGGACAGUAAAACUGUUCUAUAAUUCCAGUGUUGAUCUUCUGAUACUUCCAAUUAAUACCUUGCUGAAUAAUUAACGUGUUCUAUAAGAAACGUAUAACAGGUUUUGUAAAUUGUGUAACUAUUCGGUGAUAAUAACGUAAUAAUUCAAUCUAAAUAUUUUGCAAUCUGUCUCAUUUCGUAGUCAAAUUUUCACUUAGUUUGCUUUUGUAAUUUGUCAUUUUCGUUUGUACUGAUGUAAUAACUGUUUCUUAAAUAACAGCAAUUAAACAUUCA